AUGCAAUUCCACCACCUCACCAUCCUCUCCCUCCUCUCCUUCACAACCACCACCGUCCUCGCAACCCCCGGCAACCAAGCCAGCAACUCAACCCCAAACCCCCAAACCAUCACCUGCACGCCCCCCGCAGGCGUCGUCCCGCUCCACACGAACCCCAAUCACCGCAGCCCCAUGGUGCAAUGCAAGAAGCACUUCACCUGCGACGACGAGGGCAACAUCGUCGUGGACACGAGCAAGAUGUCGCCUUGGGUCAAAGCUGUUUUGACGGUGCAGGAGAGCGCUGUGAAGGCUUGUGAGGGGAGGUGUCGUCCUACUGGCAGGCGGAAACAGAAGAAAGGCACAAAAGACGAGGAAAAUUAG